CAUUAUUUAAUCUCUUAUCGUUGCAUCUCAUAUUCCCUCAACCACUGUCAGACGUUCUCCCUAUCAUUCUGUGCAAUUCAAAGGAAGGAAACGGCCCAGCGUUCUGCGCUUUGCAAGUCCGUUGCGAGAGUGCCAUUGGACCUUCAGGCCGUUGCCCUCAGAACCUUAGCUAUCUGGUUAUGGAGCUUUUGCCGAGAAAAUAAGCUGCGGGACAUUUGAGCUGUGGGGUCGAAAAUACCUGUCAAGACGACAGAAUAUUUGAUAUAUACCCAAUUCAAUUGGCAACUCAUUUUAUGUAGACGACGAGGACUCCCAGAGUAUUAGUACAAGAGCCUCGUUUUCGGCUUCCAUCAAUUGGAAUGUCUCAGCCAAUUGGCUCUCUUCUUUGGCGUUCUUUACGAGCCUACCAAGUUUAUGGAGCCAACACAGAUGUAGGAAAAACCAUCUUCUCCACCAUCUUGGCUAAGGCGUCCAAAAAGAGACGCCCGGCGGAGAAUGUCUGGUUUUUGAAACCCGUGUCAACAGGCCCACUUGACGAGGCUGAUGAUAGACAUGUCUCUCGUUUUGCUCAAGGCGUAUCAACGCAUUGCCUUCACCAGUUUGAGAAACCGAUUAGUCCUCAUCUUGCCGCUCUUUCUUCAGCUCAGGAAACACCCUCGGACAGCAAAGUUCUCAGAGGAAUUCGGGAUCAUUUCGUAGAAUGUGCGCAGGCAGGUCCUGGUUUUGCCAUUCUUGAGACUGCCGGCGGAGUGCACUCCCCUGGACCAAGUGGAGCUUCACAGGCGGAUCUGUACCGGCCACUGCGACUUCCUGUAGUCCUAAUUGCGGACUCCCGUCUUGGGGGUAUUUCUUCCAGCAUCUCCGCUUAUGAGUCGCUCCGAAUCAGAGGAUAUGAUGUCGCUUCAGUUAUGCUUUUUCAUGAUGCGGUCUAUCAGAAUGACGACUAUCUCCGAACAUAUUUUGAUAAGCAGAACAUCCCGAGCUUAUCGCUGCCGUUUCCUCCAGAACGCAAGGAGUCUCUUCUGGAAGACGAGAAAUCGCUCGCGACCUAUUACGAGGACGUUAGCAGUCUUCCAAGCAUGCAAGAUCUCUUGUCAAGACUUGAUGAACAGCACGAAAACCGGAUAAAUCGACUUCAGAGCAUGCCUUCCCGGGCGCUAGAGUGCAUUUGGUAUCCUUUUACACAACAUCAGCUCCUUUCACCUGAACGUAUCACGACAAUUGACUCCGCCAGUGGUGACUUUUUCCAAACGUCAACACUGCCUGUCAAAGCAAUUGAUAACUAUACGGAGGAUUCUUCAGCACCUCUCCUCAAGCCUUCAUUCGAUGGCUCUGCCUCGUGGUGGACACAAGGCUUAGGCCAUGCCAAUCCCGAGCUUGUCCUUGCAGCAGCCUACGCAGCAGGCCGAUAUGGCCAUGUCAUGUUCGCCGAAGCUGUCCACGAACCAGCACUUUCGCUGGCUGAAAUGGUUCUCAAGUAUCUUAAUAACCCAAGGAUGAGCCGCGUCUUCUAUACCGAUAACGGCAGUGCAGGUGCCGAAGUUGCCAUCAAGAUGGGUCUACGAGCAGCUCGCCUUAGAUACGGAUGGUCUCCAUCCGAUAAUAUAGAAAUUAUUGGGCUUCAAGGAAGCUAUCACGGUGAUACCAUGGGCGUUAUGGACUGCGCCGAGCCAUCCGUAUACAAUGAGAAAGUGGAAUGGUAUCAAGGCCGAGGCUUCUGGUUCGACUACCCAAAAAUAAAGAUGGCUAACGGCUCCUGGGUUGUGGAGGUACCAGAAAACUUACAACAAGCGCUUGGUUCCGGCGGCGUUCAUUCUUCUCUUACAGAUAUCUUCGACGUUGAGAGGCGAGAACAUGGAGAGGAGGGCCAAAGAUACCAGCAAUACAUUAUAGACACAUUGGAAAAGCUGCAGAAGCAGGGCAGAAAAUUCGGCGCCCUUGUGAUGGAGCCAGUCAUAUUAGGUGCCGGAGGAAUGCUUUUUGCCGAUCCACUCUUCCAGCGCAUGCUGGUUCGCGUGGUACGGGAAAACCCGGAACUGUUUGGAACCAGAAGCAACGAGACUACGACCAUUGAAGGAACCUCAAACGACUGGUCUGGUCUCCCGGUAAUAUUCGACGAGGUCUUUACCGGAUUCUACAGACUAGGCCGUGCCAGCUCCUCCGCAUUCCUGGGCGUACAUCCAGAUGUCUCUAUCCACGCCAAGUUGCUGACCGGAGGCGUGGUACCUCUGUGCGUGACCGUGGCCAGUGAGCCCAUUUUCAACGCGUUUGAUAGCGCCGAGAAGACGGAUGCUCUCCUCCAUGGCCAUAGCUAUACAGCGCACCCGAUCGGGUGCAAGGUGGCCGAGAAGUCUCUCCAGACCAUGAAUGAGCUGGAUAAAACGGGACAUUGGGACGUUUUUAAGCUGGAUUGGAUUGCGCCUUCAAACAUUGAAGCCGAGUCGGGUGACAUCAAGCUUCAUACUGAAGAAUGUCCUACAGGCGUGUGGAGUGUUUGGUCCAAAGAUUUCGUCACUUCCUUAUCCCUCCACGACAAAGUGCGCGGGGUUUUUGCAAUCGGUUCGGUCCUUGCCAUUGAGCUACAGGAUCCUAGUGGAGGUGGUUACACGUCUACGGCCUCCAAGGAGUUGCAGUCCGCACUCAUGACAGGCACGCUUGGCGAUGCUGGCCCGCGCUGGGACAUCCAUUGUCGUGUGCUCGGAAAUGUCUUGUACCUCAUGGCAAGCCAAAUGUCAACCCCAGAGACCGUGCGCGAGAUUGAGGCCUUAGUCCGCGCUUCCCUGUGAGGGCAGAUUCCGCUCAAAGGGUGUAAGGACUAAGCCGGGGAACGGGAACGGAAAUUUUGUAGAUAUUUACCUCGUGUACUUUUGUACUUAUAUUUCAUUAAGCGAAUAUAUAUUAGAUCACG